CCCCUAAUUAACAUUAACAUGCAUGGUUACAUAAGAAUCCUAACGCCCGUGAUCUGAAGGCGCCGUCAUGUGGGUGGUUCAUGGUCCGUGUUAAUUAAACCUCCUGGAUCGAUCGCCACGUCAAGGGCGGAAUCAGAUUCCGACCGCCCCUCGCCACCGCCAAGUAAUCCAUCCUCCUUCUUGUUAUUAUAAUUGGUCAUCUUCUGCUGAUCAUCAUCGAUCUUGUUAAUCUCUUAAACCCUUGUUUCCUCACUUGAAAUUAAUUAACCAUAAUUUCUUCACUUCUUGUCCUCUUCUUCUUCUUCUUCUUCUUCUUCCUCACCAACUUCAUCAGUUCCCUCCUUGAUUAAUUUCCUCCUAUUCACCUGCAAGUAAUUAAUGGCUCGUCUAUGGAAUCUCUUUACCUCUCUUCACUCUCUAGCUGGGCCCAUCACAAUGCUGCUGUACCCCUUGUAUGCAUCAGUUGCAGCAAUAGAGAACACCUCAAAGGAGGAUGAUGAGCAGUGGCUGGCUUAUUGGAUCCUCUACUCAUUCCUCACUCUCAUGGAGAUGCUGUUCCAAUCCAUAUUAGAAUGGCUGCCCAUAUGGUAUGAUGUGAAGCUAGCAUUUGUGGCUUGGCUGGUCUUGCCACAGUUCAAAGGGGCAGCAUUCAUAUAUGAGAGGUUUGUUAGAGAGAAAAUCAAGAAGUAUGGACUGUUCGAUCGGCUUCAAAGGUCUCCCCAUGCCAAGGCAAAGUAAUAAGUAUAAUAAGAUCAGAGGACAGGAGAGAAGGAGGCUUGUUGAAGACAAAAGUAGGAAGAAACUUGUCACCUGUUGGAUCUCUUUUCCUUUCUCUUUUUCUUUUUUCUUUUUUCUCAACCUCUUCUAUGCUUUUGAGGUCUUCGAACAAUAUUAUAAUUUGUAACCUCUUAUUAAAUUGCUAAUAAGAGAUGUGCAAAAACUAUAAUCUCAGAUUAAAUUGGUAU